AUGGCCGAUUCCGAGGCCACGAUGACCAGCGUGUACGCCGCGUACCUCGCCGCCGUACUGGAUGGGGCCAUGCCGGCGCCGCCUCCUGCGCCGCUGGCGGUGUGUGGGCGGAUCGGACGAAGCCUCACGACCGCCUCGCCGCCGACGCCUGACCUCUGCGGCUGCGACGCCUCUGUCUGCUGCGACGCCGACUCCUCCGGCGUCUGCCCAACCUGGUGGCUCUCGACAACGACGCCCGAUCUUGUCCUCACCGAUGACACUACCGAUCGGCUCGCUUUUGCCUGCGACGCGGACGGCAUGGCCGAGAUCGCUGCCUGGGCCCAGGCGCCGGGUGGCAGCUACGCCGUCCUCCGCAACCUCGGCUUUCAACACGGGUACAUCGCGGAGAAGCUCGCUGCCGGCUACGUCUUCUACAUCUUUGUUGCGCCAGCGGCCUCGCCGGCACUUGCCCUCGUCCAGGCGGACUGGGAUGGCGUCGCCGACUCGGUCCGGGCCGUCUACUCGGCCGAGGUGUGGCAGCUCAUCGAGCCGCAUCUCGAGGUCGUCCGCGGCGUGCCGUACCAAGCGCUCAUGCGCGACCUCCUCACCACCGUCGACAUGGGCGAGCUCCGCCGCGGCGGCCGCAGCCAUCCCGGCUACAUCGGCGAUGCCUGGCUCUGCCGCACCGCCGCCAGCUGGUCGCCCCACGACGCCGACGACGCCACCGCUGGCGCCAUCUCGGCACACGCCGCCGCUGCCGCGCUCGCCGACCCGCCGGCGGGCGUCCCGGUCGUUGCCACGACCAUCACUGCCUGCGAUGCCGACUUUGCCCGCUCUCGCGCCGCCUAUCUCGCUACAGGCAUCACACCUGCCUACGUCCGCGCCUUCUUCUACCUCGAGGCCGGCCUCCGUGAGCUCUUCCGCGGCGACGGCUACACCCACCCAGAGAUGGCGAGCGGGGGCGAUGCCAGCCUCGGCGUCGCCGAGUAUUUGGUUCACAACGUCUCGCGCGACUGUAUCGACGACCUGCACAUUGGCCUGACGUCCCUCCCCGCGCCCGACGAGGCCGAUGACGGACCGGUGGCCGUCCUCAACGCCUCGGCCAACGCGCUGUCGUCGUUGGGCGGCCUGGCGGGCUAUCCGGCGACCACCGCCCUCGACGUCUCGUACAACGCGCUUGCUGCCAUCCAUCCGGGCGAGCUGGCCCCUCUGGCCGGCCUCACGCGAGUCAAUCUCUCGCACAAUGCCCUCGCUGAUGCCGGGCCGCUUGCCAAAGGCCUCGCCUGUGCCGACGGCCUCGCCGAUCUGGACCUCUCGCACAACUCGCUCGCCGACGCGGCGCCGCUCGGCGCGCUCACCAGCCUUGUCUCGCUCAAUCUGGCGUCGAACACGCUGAGGACGCUCGGCGGCCUGGCCUCGCUCAGUGGCCUGGCCUCGCUCGACGUCCGCGCCAACCUGCUCUCGCAUCUAGACGACGUCCGCGAGGUGGCGCUCAACACGGCGCUUAUGGUGCCGUCACUGCUGCGGGUCGACAUCCACGGCCGGCCGCCGUCGCCGCGCCGCGCCGCGCCGUCGCCGUCGCGCCGCUCGGCGGAAACACGCUCACGCAAGCGCCGCGACAGCAAGGCCGGCCCACGGCGGCGUGGCUUUGCGCACCAGGUUCAUGUGCUCAGCGCCGAGAAGCAGGCGUCGCCGGUCCGCACGCCGUCGCUCUCGGCCCAGCUCAUGGCGUCGGGCAUCCAGCCGAAGUCGGCGUUUCUCCGCUCGCUCCUCGACGCCUCGCCGUCGCCGGUCAAGGCCGCAAGUGCGUCGGCCAAGUCGCGCCGUGGGCGACCGCGCCGCGCACAGGCGGCUCCUGCGCCGGUGCCCCUGGAUGAGCGCCCCAACGAGAGCCUCGAUGGCGACGGCGAGCCGCAGCUCGACUACGUCGCCAUCCACGCGCGGCUGGCCCGAGCCACUGUGGCAGGGCCGCCGCACGCCGACUCUGAGCAUGAAACACGCGAGUCCAAGUCCGAGGCCUCGGUCCCGCGCGAGCUUUACGAGGCCGCGCUGCGCAAGAGCGACGAGCUCGAGCAGCGGGUCCUCGCGCAUCGGCAGGCGCUCAACGCGGUUGUCGAGUACUACACCCAGCGCGAGGCCGCACGCGAUGCCGGCGAGGACGUCGGCUGUGCCGCUGCGCCGCACACCCUUGUUGCGCCGUAUGGGGUGAGCAUCGGGCCUGUGGGCGGCGGGUUGGCGAGCGAAAGCACGCCGGCCAAGUGGGUGGCGUCGCCGGGAGCGGCGCGCUCCAGCGCUGUUGGCGGGCCGGACCGCGACGCGCUCAUCGAGUCGGUGGCCCGGCUCCGGGCAGCGUUGUUUGUGUAA